GAUGUUCAUGCACUACACGUGGAAUGUGGUUCUUGUCGUUCAUCUACGAUCACGUUUCAGAAGGACAGCCAACAUGGCCCCUACUCCACUUCACCUACAAUCAUCACAUUUCCCACUCCAUCCCAUCUAGCAAAGACACAAGCGAGCUCCCAAAAAAAGCCCACCCACAAGAUGCUCCCAGCACUUGUACCACCCACACAUUUCUUUGACUCACAUCUCUCCCCCCAACCACACAGCAGGAGGCCACUACCAUGACCUUCACCACAUCGUUCCCUGCACUUUCUUCGCCCCCAAUGUCUCGGCCCGCAUCUCCAGAAGCUCUGCUUCCAUUCGACGUUGACUUCGACGUCGGCCUGAAUCUAACGAUCCCACAGAUGAUGUUCGUCUCCGGCGAAACCGGCGAACCAUCACCCGAAACAACCACCCUGAUCGAAUCAAUCGUCCAAGACCAAGUGCAGCACAUGCUACGAGAAUGCACAGCCCUAGCCACACGCCGCGGCAGCAAAUCCAUAUCCACAGACGACCUCUUCAUGCUAAUCCGACACGACCGGGCCAAAAUCUCCCGCCUACGCCACUUCCUCCAAUGGAAAGACGUCCGCCGCUCCGUCAAAGACUCCGACGACAAAGGCGGCGACGGCGGUGCAGACGUCGGAGCCGGAGAUGCAGACAUAGCCGCCGGCGUCGUAGGAGCAGGUGGCCCCGGCGCAGCCCCCGUCGACGCCUCGAAGAAAGCCAAGCGCGCAAAAGUUGAUCUAGUCUGGGACGUGCAUUCCUUCUUCACUGAAUUUCCACCGCAAAAAGACGACGUUGAAGACGAGGAAGAAGAGGAAAUGAAUUACGCUACCCUCCAACGCCUCAAGAAUGCAGAUGAACGUACCAAGGACAUGACGAGGGAGGAGUACGUCCACUGGUCUGACUGCCGCCAAGCUUCCUUCACCUAUCGCAAAGGCAAGCGUUUCAAAGAAUGGGCUGGGUUCGGUCUCAUUACUGAUUCCAAACCUUCCGAUGACAUUAUCGACAUCUUGGGUUUCUUGACGUUUGAGAUUGUCCAGACGCUUACAGAGGAGGCGCUCAAGGUCAAGGAUGCAGAGGAUUUGUACAAGAAGAAUCAUGGCGGUGAGCAGAAUAGGCUCAAGAGGAAGAGAGAGCGCGGUCUGUUUGAUCCGCCGGAGGAGGCGAGGGAGCCCGUACAGCCGAAUCAUGUGCAGGAGGGUUACAGGCGGCUGCAGAGGGGGAACAACAAGGCUAAGGCUAUGCUCAACUUCACGAGGAACGUGCAUAGGGCCGCACUAAAGCUGAUCUAAAGGCAUAGCGAUACGACCAAGGUUGGCUCUGCACAAGGUGUUUGGAUAAGGCGCUUUAGUUGUUUGAUACCCUGAGCAGGCAG